CUCUUUUUUUUUUUUUUGUGUGUUGUGUCUUUCUUCGUUCCUUCGAUCUCUCUCACUAUUGUCGCUUCUCUGGAACAGCUCGAUCUUUGAUUUGGGGGGGUUUUUUUUUCUGUUAGUUACAUCUCUUGUUCUGUCUGAAUCGUUUUUGUUUAUGUUUUAUUUGAUUUUGACUUGACUAAAACCGUGUGAAAGAAGAUGGAAGAAUGAGAAGAAGAAGGUUGUGAUAUUUUUUUUUUCAAUGGAGCAGCUUGUUAACUUCAUCAUUCGACCUCCAAGAGCUGAAUACAAUCCGGAACAUGAUCUCUUGGAUCAGGAGUUCAUGCUUAAAGGGAGAUGGUACCAAAGGAAAGAUUUAGAGGUUAAAAACAGCAGGGGAGAUGUCCUUAAGUGUAGUCAUUACAUGCCAGUUGAGCGUCCUGAAGAUAGGCCUCUUCCUUGUGUAAUAUACUGCCAUGGAAACAGUGGAUGUAGAGCUGAUGCCAGUGAAGCUGCAAUCGUAUUACUUCCGUCAAACAUCACAAUUUUCACGCUUGACUUUUCGGGAUCUGGUCUCUCUGGCGGGGAGUAUGUCACAUUGGGUUGGAACGAAAAAGAUGAUCUGAAGGCUGUGGUUGAGUAUUUGCGCACGGAUGGAAAUGUCUCCUUGAUUGGCUUAUGGGGUCGUUCAAUGGGUGCUGUCACAAGCUUGAUGUAUGGAGCCGAGGAUCCCUCUAUUGCAGCUAUGGUUCUAGACAGCCCGUUCUCUGAUUUGGUUGAUUUGAUGAUGGAACUUGUAGAUACAUAUAAGUUCCGGUUGCCAAAGUUUACUAUAAAAUUUGCAAUACAAUAUAUGCGGAGAGCUGUUCAGAAGAAAGCCAAGUUUGACAUAACGGAUCUCAACACCAUUAAGGUAGCGAAAUCGUGUUUUGUUCCUGUUUUAUUUGGACAUGCCAUGGACGAUGACUUUAUUCACCCACAUCACUCAGAGCGUAUAUAUGAAGCAUACAUAGGAGACAAAAAUAUCAUCAAGUUUGAGGGAGACCACAAUUCACCCCGACCACAAUUCUACUUUGAUUCAAUAAACAUCUUUUUCCAUAACGUUCUUCAACCUCCAAAGGUUGUUGGGCCAACAUUUUUUGACCCGGUCGAUGAUUACUUUGCCAAGGGCAGUUGGAGCACCAUGCAAGAACUAAGUUCUCCACAACCCUCAGCACAGAAAGCUGCAGGCAGCACCUCUGAUGCUAUAGAUGAAGUCCGCUUGAAAAGACCUAUGAGUCGCAUAGAGGUUCCUUCUAAUGACCCAUCUAAUCAAUCAUCAUCAGAAACCAAGGAGAAAGAGAGUAAUGAAGUCUCCAGUAGUUCAUCUUCUGAUAUGAUCAGCUUUGAUUUAUCGAAUGGAGAUCCAUAUCCUCCUCAUCUUGCGGUAGCUUUAGAUGAUGAUCAAUAUGUGGAGUUUCACGUAGAUGAGCUGGCAGAUUUUCCAUCUAAUGCAGAGGAAGAAGAGAGGAUGCUGAUGGAAGCAGUGAUGAAAUCGUUGAAGGAUGUGGAGGUUGAAACUCAUCAGAGCAAAGAACCUUCCUGGACUAAUACAGAGAAUACUGAAGAAAAAGAAGCUAAUGGUACUGUGUCUACUACAAAACCAGAAUUGGCACAUUUUGAGACAGAUUCUUCUUCCGGUCCAACACCUAGUAACCAUGAUACGCCAUCAUCUUCUGAAGCCAAUGCUCCAUGUAGAACAUCAGAUUCUCUCCCAGGACCUAUAAAUGGUUUCGUCCCUGGUGCUUCGCCACAAAUGAGUCUGGACACAAACGAGGCCAUUGAUUUGUCAGCACAUACAAAGGCAACAGUGACUGUGGUUGGACGUAGUAGCACAUCAGGAAACGUUUUAGAUGGGUUGUUACGCCGAUGGGAUCUUAAUUUCUUCAAAAGUAGAUAAUUCCUUUUUAAGUUAUGUGUUUUGGUUUGUGCAAAAUAGAAUGGAAAGCUAAAAUGUUUAAAGGUUUGUCAUAACAAAUUAUCUUCUGGCUAUGGUUUAUAUGAUUUUAUUCAUAUGCUGUGUCGUAGCAAAAAUCUCUAUGAAAGAGAAGAUAUCAUAUCUUGUUGGCUUUGAAUCUGCACUUGUUCAUUCCAUAUUUUUUACCAGAAGGUCUUUAAACCCUCUUGCUAUGAAUAUGUACUGAGACCAGCUUGCAAAUACAUAUAAUGCCAUCAUUUUA